AAAAAAGAAAACUGCGCAACGAGAGCUUAACAAUGAAUGUGCUAUGCGUUUGUGGUGAUCGGCUCGCGUCGCAAUUAUUUUGCCCCUUUUUUUUUUGGAACGAAUUAUUUUGCCCCUGUUCGUGCGUGCAGCGCGCCUGCUGGUACGGUCUCCGUCACAUUUUUUUUAAUCUUUUUCAGCGUCCUUGGCGUUGGUGACUGUCGUGGACGGAUGGCGCUGCUUUACUCUGUCCCCCCUCCAACGACCCGCGAUGUUGACCCACGGCGGCGGCGGCGAGCUCCGCCGGCAGCGCGGCCGUCCUCGCCGGAUAUUUGCUCAGCCUACGGCGCAGCUCCUCGGCGGAACCCUCCAAGGUGAUUACGCCUCCUCCCACUGCCCCCAUCUGAAUCCGCACACGCGCGCCCCCUAGGGCCCGAUCAGAGGAUGUAAUAGAGUUCUCAAGAAAAUUAGGGGCGGAUCUCUUUGCAAUACUGCAAGUGUUGUCAUCUGCUUCUGACUAGGAAGGAUUAGAAUUAGCGUGAUGUGUCAAGUAGUAGGAAGCAUCAAGCAUGGUUACAAGGACUAAAUGUUUGUGGAUUCUGCUCAUGUUUCCAUAGUAGUCUUUCUGCAUAGAUGCCGAGAUGGAUAAGUAUGGGCUUCCAUUUAGCACUUGAUAGUAUAUACGGUACUACCGUAUUGCUGGAUUGACGACCCGAGGCAAGGCGCUUGGACUUAUGAUGAGAACAGAACUCAAUGUCUACAGGGUACGACCAUAUAGGGUUAGGGACUUUAGGGUGCUGCUGUUACAAAUGCUUGCUAUUAACUACCACUAGAGGCUAUACUACUCUUACUAAAGAUAGAUACUCUCCGCUAGGAUUAGUAUACUCUCUCCAUUUAUACCUCCAGGAUGGACCGUUGAAUUGUACUAUUACUAUUGGUAUAUGCCUUUGAGUCGUGGCUUAGGGACUAGGUUUGGCGUAAUAUGCCAAAUGAUAAAUUUGGGACAUUUUUCCUUAGUUUCAUAUAUAUCUUGUGCAUAGAUUCACAAGUACUUCUACUUCAUUGUUUCUCAUUGACUACCCAUGACAACGGGCUUGGACUCUGGUUACUUUGGUUCAAACCGAACUCUGACUUUACGUGUGAAGUGAACAUUUUUUUUAGAAAAGGCAAUACGUACUAAUAUUCCAACCUUCCAUGUGAAGUGAACAUAGAGUUUACUUGCUUUCUUUCACUGAUGCAUGCCUAAGCGACUCCACAUAUGGGAGCUUCAAAUUUGUUAGAGUGCACUGAUUAUAGUAUGUGUUCCAUGGCUAGCCUGCUGGUGCUCUCUGCAGCAUCCAUGGUCUGUUGAUGUGUUCGUGAGCAUGCAGGGUGCUGCAUGAGCAGCUUGCUGCACCACCAUCCCUUCACCAAGCUGAGGUCAACCCCCCAGCAGUGCACUGCCCCUUAUCCACAGAGAGUUCCAUUUCUGCCGCUUCAACUGCUCUGACCAGUUAUGCCAGCUAGAUUUGGCUAUAACUUUACUAGCAACCACCAAAAUACUCCUAUAUGCUCUCCGUUUGUACCAUUAGGGGAUGCCAAACACUGGACUUUGCCACUGUGAUGCAUCUGAAGAUAAGACGAAAGCCCUUGCAAGCCUCUGUCCACUAAUAUAUUCUAUUCCGCUUCUCCUGUCAACAUCCUGUUCAAGGGUGCUGCUGAAUGGUGUCCCAAACCAGCCGAUCCGCCAUGGACGAGGGUUGCGACAAGGCGAUCCGCUAUCGCCAUUAUUGUUUGUCAUUACCAUCGACCCAUUGCAAAAACUUCUUUCCUUAGCGACAGAAAGGGGUAUCCUCAGUAAAAUCAGAGGCCGAACACCAGGCAUUCGAAUCUCGAUGUACGCGGACGAUGCGGCAUUGUUCCUAGCGCCGAGGCAAAAUGAGGUGUCUGCCCUGGCCGAGCUACUCACCUUUUUUGGGGAAGCAACUGGACUGAAGACAAAUUUUCAUAAGUCCACGGUUGUGCCAAUCGACUGCGCCGGUUUAAAUAUGGCCACCAUUUUAGGACAUCUGCUAGCCAAGCAAUCUCAUUUUCCAAUCAAAUAUUUGGGCCUACCUCUAACCACUGCUCGUUUAAGGAGUGACUUUCAACCACUUGUAGACAAAACAGUGGCAAAGCUCAAUGGUUGGAACGGGAGAAAUCUGAGUCCUGCUGGGAGACUCACUUUGGUCCAGUCGGUUCUAACACCUCAAGUUAUUUAUUUCUUGUCAGCACUAAAGCCUCCGAAAGCUACGUUGGAAGAGAUUGACAACAAACGAAGGCAAUUUCUCUGGGCUGGCACAGAAAGGUUAACUGGUGGAAAGUGCAAAGUCAACUGGAUAAGGACGGCAAGAUCAAAGAAGAAUGGAGGCUUAGGUUUCUACACCUGAAAAAAUUUGUGCGAGCACUCCGCUUACGAUGGUUGUGGCGAGCUUGGAAGCCGGAUAAUAAGCCUUGGAUAGGAGAAGAGAUCCCUUGAAAUGACACGGAUCGACUUCUUUUUGCUGCAGCAACAACUAUUAUAAUUGGGGAUGGGAGGAAAACACAGUUUUGGGACAGCGCAUGGAUGCAAGGCUGCAGGCCAAGGGAUGUGGCACCAUCAUUGUUUGAAAUUUCAAAGAGAAAAAACAGAACACUAUAUGAAGCUUUACAUGCUAACACCUGGAUCCGAGACAUUGAUCUCCAGCACCCAACCUUCUCAGCUCAUCAUUUUGCCGAGUUCGUGCAGGUUUGGAAAGAGACGCAGCAAAUACAUCUAAGGUCAGGUGUACAGUAUGAAAUUGCUUGGAAGCUAACUGAUCCAAGCAAUAUUCAGCAAGCUCAGCCUACCAUGCACAGUUCUUGGGUGCUAGUAGUCCAAACUUCACUGAACUCAUCUGGAGAGCCUGGGCGCCUCCGAAAUGCAAGUUUUUCAGUUGGCUAGCUAUUCAAAAUAGACUUUGGACGGCUGAUAGACUGCACUCGAGAGGCUGGCCCCACAACCCGGUGUGCUCGCUGUGCCGAAGAGCACGUGAGACCGGAAACCACCUAUUCUUUGAGUGCAGAUUUACGAGACAUAUUUGGACUGAUCUUGCUAGCUGGAUAGCGGCGCCACCACUACUUCCAGACUGGAAGGCGGCAGAGUCACUUCACACAUGGUGGACAGCACUAGCGAGGACAACGGGAGUUUCGCGAAAGGGGAUUAAAUCUCUAAUCAUCCUCAUAUGCUGGGAGAUUUGGAAAGAACGUAAUGCACGGAUUUUCGAUCGCUUGGAGGCACCUUCUUUCAUGGUCAUAGCAAAGAUUAAAGAUGAAAUUUCGACUUGGAGUCUUGCUGGAGCAAAGCAUCUGGCUAAUUUAGUGAGCAGAGCUUAAGUGCUGAGCGUAAAAUGUCUCGCUUUGCUUCCGCUGUAAAUAGACGGCGUUUCUAUACACCUGUUGUACCUUUAGCCUUCUUUGGCUUUUCUCCUUUUUAAUAUAACAGGCAGCUCUCCUGCCAGUUCGUUCAAAAAAAAAAAAAAAGGAUCAGCAUGACUUGUGAGUGCAAACCUCCAUUAUAAGAAUUGCAGUUCGCGAUUCCUUUUCAUCAAGUGACAGAGUAACCAUUUCUUAGUUUUCAAAUCCAUUUUGUUUUUGACAUGGCAAUAUGCCAUUAUACUAUGAUUGAUGCCAGCCACAUGCCAGGACUCCACUAGUUUAUGAGCUGAGUAUAGAAUAAGAGUAUGUGUUUGCAUGUGACCACCAAAGGUUAGUUGGUCCCAAUUAUUGACUGAUUUCGGUUCUUACAACCGUAAAUAUCCGUAUACUAAUGUACGCUCCAUUUCUGACAGAUGCAGAUCACAUGCUUGUUUAUGCAAUAGCAAGGAAGCUCCCCCCCUCCCCCCCUUUUAUCUUGACAACUUCAUAGCCAACAUCACCUGCGCCCUGCAAUUGGUUACAUGAGCCUUAGAGUUGGUUUUGUAGGAGCUCCCGUGCAACUUCCCAUCUUUGUUCCACUCUCCCCACAUCUGAGAGCCUCCCAAGUGUGGAAGUUCCAAUGGUGGAUCCAAUGACCGUCACCACGGUUGGAUGGGGCAUCUUGGUUGAGAUAGACCAUGAGGUUGCUAUCUUGGUUUCUGCACAAUGAGAGGACAAAGAGGAAGAGAGUUGAUUCAAAACAUUUUUGUAAGGCAUAUUUUGAUUCAUUAGGAUAAGGCUUUGACCCAUAAUCACGCUGCUUGUCAAGUCCACCUCGGUUGAAUGACCAGCUUGCCCUCAUCCAGCUUACAUUGCAUUUUCCACCUUGGAGAUCCUGAUUUCUAGUCUAUAGGAACUUAUGUCUGGUUUUAUCAAUGUGUUUUAUGAAUUGCUUCGGAUCUUUCAGGGUAAUCAGGUCAGGAGGUAAUUCGGCUAGGCACUGAGAACUGAACUUAUGAAUUCCUGCCACCCUUCCAAUGGUAUCAGAUUUGCCCUGCCAACUAGCCAGCUUGGCUCAUGCUCUGUCUUGAAGAGUUUGCAGGUGAACAAGGCGCAGCGGCCCAAGGUGAGGGGUUAGAUGUAGAUAAAUGAGACUUUUCUGGCACCCAUAAGAUGGCGUCAUUAAAUAAAAGAGUGGUGGUGAUGGCUUGUUUCAAGAGAAAGGUAACAAGAUGCACGCCUAUCUAUAUAUCAUCUGGCAUUACUCCAUUAGCCGGCAGUGACACUAUUGGACUCAUGCUGGUUUAGAUGCUUUCUUUGCUGGCACCUGCUAUAUUUUACUCUCCAUCAUUUGUACCACUUGUAUUAAUAUUAAUAUAUUCUCCAUUUGCAUCAUUAGGUGCAGACUACUCAAUCCUUACUUUGCAAGGAAUCUAUGUCUUGUGUUCUUGACAAGUUAAAUGCAGCAUUCCCUUGCUUAAAGCUUCCAAGAGUUGCUGCAGCUGCGCAUUCUUGUUCCACAUCCACUUCCAGCUAGUCUGAGAGCUUCCAAUGCCAGAUCCGGUGACCAUCGCCGCGGUAGGGUGGGGCAUCUCAACUGCUGGUUGGCUUGUCUCUCCAAUUAUCUCCAAACUCCUCAACAAAUGCUUCUCCUACCUUGGUCCUAGUCCAGCACGUAAGCUCAAGAAACUGGAGAGUAAAGUCCUACAGCUGAAGCUGAUGCUUGAAGCAGCUGAGACUCUGCCUCAGAGGGGCGAACUAGAGCUAUGGGUGAAGGGCCUUAAGUCUGCGUUUUACGAAGCUGAGGACAUCCUUGACGCUAUAGAUUACCAACAGCUCGAAACUCGUAUCCUUUCUAAAAUUGAUGACAAGUCUACUGCAUCAACCAAUCAUAAGUCUGCUCUGUCCUGUUUUGGAUGCAAGAGAAAGAAUUUCAAUGUUCCAAUUGAAUCAAAAGCGAAGCUGAAGGCCAUCGUGAAUAAGAUAGAAAAACUAAUCAAUGAAGGACUCAAAUUUCUUUUGUUGCUCAAUCUGCCUGCUACUUGUGAGAAUAUCAACAAUAUAUCAAAUAAUAUCGUGAGAUCGUCCACCAGGAGGACCCAGAUUACUUCAGUGCCCCCAAGUGAUGUAUUUGGCUGUGAUAGGGAUAUUGAAAUGAUAAUACGAAUGCUUCGUGACACACCUGCUGAUGGUGAACCAAGCUCAAGUAGGACUAAAUGUUUUUCUGUAAUUGGUAUCUGUGGCAUUCCAGGGUCAGGAAAAACGACCCUCGCACAAUGUGUUUUUCAGAAAGAAAGGGAGGAUGAUUAUUUCGAUCAUGUCAUGUGGAUUCAUGUUUCCAAUAUUUUUGAUGUGCACACUAUUUCCACUGAGAUGUUAGAGAUAACAUCAGGUAGGAAAAGGGAACAACUCAUUAAUCUUGACAUGUUGCAAAGGGAACUGGAGGAAGAAAUUAGGGGCAGAAGAUUCUUCUUGGUACUAGAUGAUGUCUGGUACGACAAAGAUCCCAUUCAAAAACAGCAACUGGGUCAAUUACUUUCUCCAUUGAAGGCUGGGAGGAUGGGAAGCAAAGUUCUGGUGACCACUCGAAAUGCAGAUGCAGCAACAAGUCUUGGCGCACAGAAUCCACCUGUUCUGAUUUCUGAUUUGGAUGAGGAGGAUUUCUUCAAAAUGUUCAUGCAUCAUGCACUCGAUGCAACAAAUCGUGACCAGGCAUUUCAGUCGGUUGGGAGAGAAAUUGCUGGGAAGUUAGGAAGAUUGCCUCUUGCAGCAAGUUUAGUGGGAGGACAGCUAAGGAUUAGACCGCAUAUUGAUUUUUGGAGAAGCUCCCUGAACAGUGACUUGCUGAAUGAUUCUAUGAGGGCUCUAUGGUGGAGCUACCAACAACUUGAGGAGAAUGUCAAGAAAUGUUUUGCCUAUUGUAGUAUUUUCCCCAGAAGACGUGUGUUGAAGCGUGAUGAGCUUGUUCACCUGUGGAUAGCUGAAGGGUUUGUGAAGACUACCGAUGAAACAGAGGAUGUGGAAGGUGUCGGUCUUCGCUACUUUUAUGAUUUACUUUCAACCUCAUUUAUUCAACUAAAAACAAAGAUUGGUAGAGCAGAGUUCUUUACAAUACAUGAUCUAUUGCACGACCUAGCGGAAAGUGUUGCUGGAAGUGACAUUGCUAGAUUUGAGAAAGGCGUGGCACCUCAUAUUCCUCAAGAUACUCGGCAUAUCUUUAUGGAGUCCUACGACAGGACAGUGUUUGUGGAGCAGAUUUUAAAGUUGAAGACCUUGCGCACUCUGUUUAUAUCUUAUUCAACUGAGAGCAUGACUGACAUAGACUUUGAGCACAUGUUGAGGAAUCUAAAGAAGCUGCGGGUGGUUCGAGUGAGCCCCCCAUUGUCGGGAACGAUCCCAGCUUGUAUUGGUGAACUGAAACAUCUUCGCUAUCUUAGUUUCUUUGGGUCCCAUGUUCUCAAGAUGAUUCUGCCACCGACAUUCACCAAGCUCUACAAUCUGCAGAUUCUUUCUGCCUCGGAGAUACGUCAGUUGGCUUGUGCCAACAACGAGGGACUGGGCUACCUUGAGAAUUUGCGGUACAUUACGGGCUGGGGGUUCCACUUUCCUGACAUCGGUAGGUUGACCUCGCUCCGAACUCUAACUAAUUUCACAGUGGGGAAGAUAAGGGGUUAUGAGAUACAACAGUUGGAGCACCUGGACUACCUUGGUGACUCCUUGCUCAUCCAAGGACUUCAAAAUAUUAAAAGCGAGGCAGCUCGUCAGGCCAAGCUAGUGAACAAGACACGUAUCAAAGCUUUGGAGCUGCGAUGGGAUGCUCCCGAUCAAUACUCCAGUUUGAUGAUGGAAAAUCAGAAUGACCAGGAGUUGAAUAACUCAGCAGACCCUCAAGAGGAGGUCUUUGAGGCCCUUCUUCCACCACCCUAUAUCACUUCACUAAAAAUCUGUAACUACAGAAGAUCGGCAUACCCAGGUUGGUUGACUGGAGAACAGAGUCCCCUCACGAAUCUGCAAAAUCUGGUGUUCAAAACUUGCUUCGGACCAUCAGAUGAACCCCCUAGACUUAGUGAAUCUUUCAGGUAUCUGCACACACUUAUUAUUUCAACUUGCAAUUGGAAGUCUUUGCCUGAGAAUAUUGAGUGCCUGACAUCGCUCGAGAACUUGAUUGUCACUGACUGCUGGAAAAUUGAGUCACUACCAAGAUUACCUCCAUCCAUCAAGAAAUUUACACUCAGCAAUUGCAACCAAUCUUUCACAGAGAACUGUUGUGCGGUUGGACAUCCAUAUUGCGAUAUCAUUGAUCGCAUCCCAGAGACAUCCAUUUGCUAACUUGCCUUUAAGAACUGCACAUGAUUCCGACCAACGGUGCGAAGAUGCAUGGAGCUGGAGGACUAUCACGGAGGCAAACUACUACACAAACAUGCGUCCCUUAGCAGGACCACUCUAGAGCUCCAGUAACACCAAGUUUCAUGCUCGCCGUGUGAACCAGUUAUGUGAAGACAAUGUUUUUUGUAUCUCAUCUGAGACAAUGUGAAUUUAGUUUGGUGAACUUGUCAGUUUUUUCUUGUUUCGUUGUGAAUCUCUCAUGGGUGUAACAUUGGAUAGCUAUAUGUAUCAAUCGAUACGGAGGCUGGAAUAUUAAUACAUAUUCCUUUUUCUAAAAAAA